GACACACACAGAGACACUGUGAACCAGGUGCAUGUAGGAAACAUAUCACUGGUGUGUUACCUGAGGACAGCACAUAUCCAGGAGGAGAAGAAUGGAGUUGUUUUCAAAGUUUAAGUUGGGGCUGAAGAAGCCUGAUGAGGAAGAAGAGCCGAUCAUUAUGACAGAGUUGCUUUCCGAGAGACAACCCUCCAGUGAAGAUGAGACCAUGGUCCCAGUACUAACCUCCAGAAAAGCCAGCGAAUACCCCGUCAACGAAGCAGCGUGCAUCCUGCAGGCCGACCUGCAGUUGGGUCUGACCCAGGAAGAGGUGUGCAGGAGGAGAGCCUAUCACGGCUGGAAUGAGUUCGACAUCAGUGAAGAUGAGCCGCUAUGGAAGAAAUACAUCUUACAGGUAACUAAUGAAGCUCUUUGAAAUGCACCAUCUUCU